UUGACACUUGACAGGCGUAAACACAACUAAGGAAAAACGCUGUGGAAAAACGUUAUAUCCGUGAUGAACGUUUAAUUUUCAAUUUCUAAUAUUUAUGCCGAUGUAACUAAUUCAAAAAAAUAAUAAGAAGUAAAAUGGUUAUUAAGCUCGUGAAGGUAGAUUCUACGGAUGCUACUAAAAUAACUCUCUCCAUUGGAACCCAUUUAUUUGGAAGGGGCAAACUUUUGAACGUAGAAGAUAAAAGAGUAUCUAGAAAACAUGGUGAACUUCAAGUUAAAGAGGAUAAACUCAUUGUAAAGGCACUACACCAAAACCCUUGCUUCUACAAAAAAGACAAAAGCGAUGUACAGGUAUUAAAAUGUGAUUGUGAAAUUGAGUUAUUCCAUGGUGAUAGAUUUGGUUUACUGCCAGACUCGCUUUGGUUUGAAGUUAUUAGCUUUCCAACAAAUGAAGAAGCUGCUAUUGAAAAUGAAGCUAUAAGUGAACAGGAAAAUACAGAAAAAUACGAUGAAACUGCGAAUGGAACAGUGUGUAACGAACAACCAGAAUCACCAGAUAUUGACUUACAACAAGUUAAUUUUGUCAAUGAAACAACGGACGAUACAGAACAGACAAAGAGUAAUGAAGACUCAAAUACCACUGAAGAUAUAAAUAACAAAAAUAAUGACACAUCUGCAGACACUAAUAGUAAAGAGAAAGACAUUUCUGAGGAAGACACAAAUACUAAAGAAAAAGACACUUCCGCGGAAGACAUGAACAAAGAAAAUGACACUUCAGUGGAAGACCCACAAGUAACUGAACAAAUGCAAGACGCACCAGCUGUUGAAACAGGACGGGAAACUUCAGAAACAGACACAGAAGAACCAAAAUCACCACAAAAGCGGAGUCAUAGUCCUGAAGAGGAUAACGCGAAAAGAGUCAAAUUGGAGCCAUCUGAUGUGAAACAGGAACCAGAUGUUACACCAGGCACAAGUGAUAGUGGGAAUGCAAGUGCAAGCAAUAAUGCCUUGCCGCCAUCACCACAGAAGCUACAGAACAAUCUUAGAGAGAGAUGUUAUUAUGGGGCAAGAUGUUACAGACGCAACCCGCUCCACAUGGCCCAAUUCAGUCACCCCAAAGACCCAGACUGGGGCACCGGGGACAAAGGGGUAUGUCCCUACGGGGCCAGUUGUUGUAAACCAGACCAGAAACACUGGGACACACAUAACCAUCCGCCGGGAGUUUGCCGGCCGGUUAAUCAAGGAGUAUGCAUACAAAGAAACGGGAAAAACAUAUACAUUAGAGCGAAUACAGUCAAUAUAUACGACGACCAUAUAGAGGCGGAAGAUUCCGACGGGGACAGUGUCGAUAUAGACUAUGAAUACUAACAAAUUACAUAAAAACUAAAGAUUAACAACAACCACAAUUAUGUAAAAUUAUAAUUAUGACAUGGCAAAAUCAAGAAAAAUCUAAAAAAUUAAAUAAUUGUCUGGCAGGUCGGAAGAAAAAUAAGAAACGCAGAUAUAGUUCAAGUGAGGAUAGCGAUGGGAAUGUUCAGAAUUUGAUUGUAACUGGGAAAA